AUGUCGUUUAGAUCAAUUAUUCGUCGCGAUAGCGCACAACGAAAAACAAAAACUGCUCCAGCAAAGGAAUCAACUUUAAAAAAACUUAACCGACAAGAAGUUCUUUUUGAAAUUAUUAAAACAGAGCAUGAAUAUGUUCGUGACUUACGUUUGAUUGAAGAACUUUUCAUUCAACCAAUUAAAAAAGCCGAAGAAAAAUCCAAAAAACAAAUAGUUCCAGAAAAUCUUAACAAGGUUUUCAAUUCUAUUUCAUACUUUUUAUUCAUUCAUGAAGUUAUUAGCAAUUGCUUAAAUGAACGUCAAGAAGCUCAAUCUCCAUUAGUAAGAAGCAUUUCCGAUAUUCUUCUUGCAUAUGUAUGGGUAUUCCGUGCUUAUGCUCCAUAUCUCAUUCACUAUGAAGAUGCUUUAAGAGAAUUAGAGAAAUCUAUUAGAAAGAAGGAUAAAUUAGGCCGUCUCGUCAAAACACAACAAAAAUUAGCUUCUUGCAGAAACAUGCCAUUGUCUACAUACCUUCUUAAACCAUUCCAACGUCUUCUCAAAUAUCCUCUUCUUAUUAUGAAUUUAUUAAAAUGUACUGAUAAAGAUGGAUUUGAUUACGAAAAUACUGUCUCUUUAAAGACCAAACUUGACCAAGUUCUUAAUGACGUUGAAGAACAGAAACGUUCACAUGAUAAUAUGGAAAGGCUUCGUGAAUUAGAAACCAGAAUUCAUGGGCUUGGUCCUUUCCGUUUAGCAGUAAAUAAUAGACAAUUUGUUAGAGAGAGUCCCGCAUGUCAAAAUAUACAAAAUAUGCCAUCACCUUCACUACGAAGAUCAUUAACAGUAGUGUCAGAUCCAAAUAAACGUCAUUCAGUACGAAAUCUUUAUACACUCGAGUGUAAUGAUAUCGUACUUUUGGCUGAACGUACUGGAGUAACUAAAGAGGGGCAACACUUAUAUACAUUAAUUUCACGUCCUCCAACUCCUUUAGACGAUGAACCUAUCUUAGUUCAUAAGCCGGAAGAUUCUGUUAGUAAAAAUGCGAUGGUUCUUAUUAUAUACACAUUUCCAAGUUGGUUAGGACGUUGUUAG